GCAGAACGGGGUCCUCAUCCCAGCACCAGUCCCCAGCACCAGCCCCUUAUCCACAGGUGGAAACCCCCCAGAAUGCUUUAGAGGAACAUUUCCCUUCUCCUUCAGCCCACAGCCCCACCCCAGGGAGCUGCCCGUGGCCAUGGGGUGCCCCAAACCCCGGCAGAUGCGGGGAGCUGCAGGAAAGGGAUGUGUUUGUACCAUCAGCCACCGAGCUAAUUUUAAAAGGCAAAGACUAAUUAGCAGUGAUGAACGGCUCGGGAAUCCUCAACUUUCCCUUGCAAAGGCCGGGAAGGAGCAGCUUUCCAUGGGAGACAGCUCCCUGCUGCUCUGCAGGCGCUGAUGGGCUCGUCCCCUGGUUUGUUUUACCCAGGACGAUUGCCUCAUUAAAGCCUCAGCGAGUGCAAACAGAAAAUGCUGAAGAACAAAUAAAGCCUUCAGACAUGGGGGGAGGUGAGUGAGGGCAGCAAGUGGGGGCAGGUGAGGGUUUUCCUGCUGCCACCAUCUCCCAGGCCCUUAUUUUCCAUGCUGUCCUUGUUUUCCAUGGUUUUGGCAGUAAAAGAACUGAUGGUGGGUGCUGCAGGGGGUGUUCUGCUCAGCCAGCCCCAUUCACGUGAUUAACAGGGUUUAGCACCGUGCUAAUCAAUUUUUUGUUUGUCCCAGCGAGCCUCUUUUAUCGAAUUAAAUUUUAUCUAAUUAAAGCCCUCGCCCAGGAAAUUAAAGUCCUCAUCUGUGAGGCACAGGUACCGAGGGUGGCUGGGGACAGCUGAGUCACGUCCUGCUGUCACCGGGAUCUUGUGUCCCCAUCCCUGGAGAUGCUGCCAGGCCUCUCCUCUCCCCAGCUUUGCAGGCAGAUUAAGCUUUAAAAAAAUCCAUCCAUUAUUUCUCGAUGUGAGCAGGAAAAUGUUGGGCACAGCACAGUUGAUGCCGAAGGCACAUGCAGCUGUUUUUUCAAAACAAAUGAAAAUUCCCUGCAUUCCCCCAUGCUGCAAUUUUUUUUUUUUUUUUUUUACUGAGUGGCUUUUAUACAAAUUUAUUCUCUAUUUCCCAUUUUGAGAUGCAGUUUAAUGUACCACCCUCCCUCCUUGUCCUAAUCACAUAUUCAUGGAUUAGAAAAGAAACUUCCUAAAACAAAAGCAGCUGCAGUAAGUGCCAGAUAAGCUGAAAACAGCAAGUGGAUUGUUCCAGACAUGGUUUAUAACCCGAAAAUCCUAUCAGAAAACCCAGCCUGAAGGGUCACUGGGCUUUGGAGAUAAAAGUGAGGGUGAGCAGCAGCACAGACACGCCAAACACUUUAAGUGAAAUAGUUUAUUUUGUGGAAAAUAUCCCCCAGUUGGAUCAUCAUAAUCUGCAAACUCCUGGCAGCGGGUUCAGCAUUAAAAUAGGAAGAUGAAAGUCAUAACGAGGACAGACCUUUCAUUUAGAAAUUUUUGCAGCGAAGCAAAUCUAUUUUGUCUUUUGAGUUAUUUUAGAAGCAAUUUUAAAAGCUCAACUCUUAGGGGCACUUCAAAAUUGUUAUUUCAAGUAGAAAUUUUUCUCUGUGUUUUGAGAGCAACUGGGCUGGAUUUGCACAGAAAAUUGGGUCAAAAGGGCUUUGUUUCAUACAUAUUCCAGCUGUACCUCAGUGUGUGGAAUGCAGGGGGAAGAGAUGCCCAAUUGCCAAGCCUUGGUGUCCCUCAGCUUGGCAGGGCCAGCCUGUGCUGCUCUGGAGAAAUUGAGGAAAGGUGACCCCAGCUCCUGCAGUGUUCCAGGCUGGUAAGAAAGGAAGGGUCUCUGUCCCCAGCUGUGUCCCACCCCUCCAGGCCCACCCAGCUGGAUCAAAAAUAGAUUUGGCCCCUUGGAUGAAAAAAAUACCUCUCAGCAGCUCUGUGUGAAGCACUUUCCUUGUUUAAAAAACCUGUUCUCAGGCUAAAAAUGUGUUAUCUGUGUUCCUUCUUACACAUUUCCUUUAGUGGAGCCACUGCCCUGGCUGAUUCACACUGUGCCCCAGCAGUGUUUUGUAAAAAACCCUUUUUUUCUGCCUUUAUCAGACACUUCUCCCACCUGUUAAUCUGUUUAUCCACCACCGAGCACUUGAAAGCGCUGCAGCAGCAAACUCUCACCUGAAAAAAAAUCAACAAACAAGCAAGUUUUGGUUAAAUAAACCCCGAAAUAUUUACCUGGGGUGCAGCAGCUGUGAGGAGAGCAGGACCAGCCUCUGGUGAUGAGCUGGUGGAUGGUGGGAGCAGUGCCAGGGAUGAAGGGGAAUUUAGGAAGCGACCCCAACUUGUGAUGCAGCUCCAGGGGUAGGUGAUGCUUUUUGAAAUCUUCUUUUUGCUUUUAGAUAAUCCAGGGGGAUCCUUUGGGAUGUUAUAUCCCUGGGCCAGGAUUGCUGUGGGCUGGUGGAGGUGUUGAAAGGCGAGCAGGCACCGUCCCCAUGAGUCAGGCACCUUGAAAUAAGAAGGGAAUUUCUUGUUCCUUUCUGCCAGGGCACCCCCAGAGCUACAAACCCCACAGUUCCUACGAACCAGCAGCCAGCACUCCCCAAACCUCCUGGGAACUCUCAGGAUGGGAUCUGCCAGGCUGCUGCUUGCACCCCAAAGCUUGCAGAGCAUUUUCCAGAGUGUGGGCAGGUGGAUGCCCACCCACCCCAGCAGCCAUGGAGCCCAGGUGGUGUUAAAAGGCUUUAUCCCUGUGGAAAAUGUUUGCUUGGAAGCACCCCGAGCUGGUUUUGGGUGGCAGCUGAGUUGAGCUGGGCACAGCUCCGCCAGCACCGCUUGGCUCCAAGGAAGCUCAGCUGAAUUUUGGGACAAAGCUGCUGGAAGACAGAGAAUUGAUGGAGGGGUGCAGGAGCAAAACAGCUGCAGAACAGCAGAGAAACACCCCAAUAUAUUUAAAUGAGGCCGCUGGCAGAGGGGAGGUGUCAUGGAACUCGCGUGGGCUCCUUGGUGCCUCUGACCUGGGGGGGUAGAGCGUGACCGCAUCCGGCACCGCCGCGCUGCCAGACCCCGCUCUGCACCCAAAUCCUGCUGAAACGGCCCCAAAUCCUGCUGAAACGGCCCCAAAUCCUGCUGCCUGCACGGCCCCAGCUGCCCCGAGCCGUGGGGCAGGGAAGGUUGGAAAACUCCGAGCCCAGGUCCUGUUGCCUCUGUGUGUCCCCCCAGGCCCUGGAGACGCCUCAGCAGGAGGAUGAGCUCUUGUGCAUGCUGGAUUCCUGCUGUCUCCUCACUUGUCACCUUGAUACUCCACCCUCUCCUCUUGCUGGCCCUUUACACCAUGCUCAGCAGGAAAAUUGCCCAGCAUUCCUGCAGGAUGCAGGUGAGCAGCAGCCCUGGGGAGCAUCCCAGCCCUCACCCCACCCCAGCUCCGGCCUCAGCACCGGGAGGGGACACGGCACAAAAACACCCCGGGGCACAAAAACACCCCGGGGCACAAAACCCAUCACCAGCCUAUGCAGGGAGCAGUGACACAUCUUCAGACACCUCGGAGGACUCGGACAACCCUUUCUGCCCUCAGGGCCCUGGCUCAGGGGAAAACCUCAAUUACACAUCCCUGGUGUUCCCAGAGAAAGGCUACGAGCCAGGCUCUGCCCAGGACUACGAGAACAUGAAGACUGGGAUGGAUUACGUCAACGUGGACCCAGAGAAGAGGAAAACACAUUUCUGGCCCUUCUCCAUGCCGAGGGCAUCCAAGGGUGUGGAGUACACCGAGGUGAAGCUGUCACACCAGGGUGAAGCUGUGGCACCGAUGUGAAGCUGUCACACCAGGGUGAAGCUGUCACACCAGGGUGAAGCUGUCACACCAGGGUGCUGCUCAGAGGUGCCCAAAGCCCCCAGCAGCUGCACAGCUGGCACUGUCCCCCCCCCCCCCGGGGCACUGCCUGGCACAGGCUGCAGCACUUGUACCACCCCGACCCGCAGGCACAGCUUCCUUGGCUUUUCCUUAAAGGCUCCACUGUUCCUCAGGGUUGUUCCAGGAUGUGCCAGGGGCAGGGGAGGGUUCCUCCCAGCCAGGCUGGAAUCAGCUCUCCACUUCUGUGUCAUGGCCCUUUCCUCCUCAUUUCAUGAAAGCAAAAGAAAUAUCCUCCCCUCGCCUCUCAAAAUGGGCAGUUGGGAGGGAGAUGCAGUGAUCCUCAAAACCUGCACUGAGCUGGCUGGCAGCUCCUCUCAGUGAUGUUGUUUUGCUCAUCAGCUUCAUAAAAUCCUUGUAAAUACAGUUUUUCCACUGGCUUUUCCCUCUCUCUGUCUCCCACCUUUUGCUUUCCCUGCUUUGUCCCUGCUCCAGGUGCUGGGCUCAGUCUCUCCCCACCUGGGCCAUGUCCCUGCUCCUCACUCUGCAUUUUGUUACUUUUGAAUUUUCAAGAAAUAAACGUCCAAAAUGCCUGGGAAUGGGAACACUGCCCCAGUGGGAGCUCGGUGAGGGGGAUGGAGCUGCUGCCUCCCAGCACAGGGAGGGAUGGAGCUGCUGCCUCCCCUUCCUCAGGGCUGGAGCUGCCCCAAGUGCAUUUUAGACGGGCUCAGCAACGCUGUGAUUUAAUGAAAGUUGUGAGACGAUUGAUUUGGGAUUGAUCAGUGGCUGGGGGAGCCAGGCCCUCCUGCUUUCAUGACCUUGUGGUGCAGAUCUGGCCCAGCUCGAAGGGCACGUGAAGGAAAAUGUUGCAAAAACCCCAAUAAUUCCUGGGUAACGUUGGAAAACCCAGGAGAGGUGUGAUUGUGGGACUGGAG